GGUAAGAAGGAGGGCAGAGAAGGAGAAUGAGGGAGGCAUAGCUCUGUUGGUAUUUCUUGGUAUGUCCUUAAAGUGUAAGGGCACUUCCAAGACUGUGGCCAGCCUGCAAGCAGCUGUUCCUGAUUAUCAGCGCGUCUGCAAUCUGUUGUCCCUUGGAAAUAACAGUGUCCCUACUCAGGCACCGAAGACGACAAGGAGCCUUCUAAGAAAGAAUUGAAUUGAUUUGUCUACUUUUAACUCUAAUAUCAGAAAGAGUCUUUCUUGUGUGGCAACCGCAGUGGUGACUAUCUACAAAGACCUUCUGACAGGCUACCUUUCUUGAUCAGUAUGACACCAACCACAUCGAGUCAUCCAUCCUCAAGUUCAUGACAGAGACAUUUUCUCUUCUUCAAUCAGAGUAAUGAGUCCAUUGUAACCAUCAGUCAAGAGCCUCUCCUUCACUGACAAGAUGAGAACAAGCGGCAAUCUGUCUGCAAACGGCCUUGCAUCCACAACUCUACCGUCAAGAAGAUACGUCUAGAAGAAUAUAGUUUCAUCACCUUGAUCCUGCUGAGGUGUCAACAUACCUGCGUCAACUCUUGAAACAUCCCUACCACUGAGGAGGCAUCAAACAGGCUGGCUCUACACUAGAUCAUUCAAAAAGGAUCUUUAGUUCACAGCCCUAGGCUUUGAGAGACACUCAACCCUUAGGCAGUAAUCACAGAUAACAUACAGAUAGAACGAACAGUGAUAUCAAAGUGAAACAGCUUCUGCUAAAGCUGAGAGGAUUCUGAGGUACUGUGGCUGUCAGCCCAGCAAAUAUUUCUGGCAAGUAAUCCCAUAUUUUUACAAGCAGAAGAGACAAGAGGGGUUCUCAGCUCAUGUAAAAGUAUAGAGCAUCAAUACCCAGUCUUAGAAGAUUCUGUCAAGCAUCGUCCCUAAACAGGCAGUUCUUUACCCAUCAGUCUGCAGAGAGACAAACAAACACCUGUCGGAUCUUUAAGAGACACCUUUUGGUCCACUUCUGUUAAAGGACUCUUCACUAAACCUCCUGACUUGUCAUGGCUGACUGGAGCUUGCUGGGGAACUUUCUAGAAGAAGUCCAGGAACAUUCCACCUCAGUGGGAAAGGUGUGGCUCACAAUCCUCUUCAUCUUCCGGAUCCUGGUCCUGGGCACGGCCGCCGAGUCCUCCUGGGGUGACGAACAGGAGGACUUCACCUGUGACACAGAGCAACCUGGUUGUGAAAACGUUUGUUAUGACCAAGCCUUUCCGAUAGCGCACAUACGAUACUGGGUGCUUCAGAUAGUGUUUGUGUCCACACCUUCUCUUAUUUACAUGGGGCACGCCAUGCAUAGCGUCCGCAGGGAGGAGAAAAAAAGGAAAAAACAGGAAGAUGAGGGAGCUCAGAUAGAUGGAGAGAAGUACCCUGAAGAAGAGAAGGAUUGUGGGAAGGAGGAUGAGGGCGGAUGGGGGAAAGUUCGACUCAAGGGUGCCCUGUUACAAACAUAUGUACUUAGCAUCCUCAUUCGCAGUGUGAUGGAGGUGAUCUUUAUCGUAGUCCAGUACUUGAUCUAUGGAGUCUUCCUUAACGCACUCUACGUGUGUAGGGCAGCUCCGUGUCCACAUCCGGUGAACUGCUAUAUCUCACGACCUACAGAGAAGAACGUAUUUAUUGUGUUUAUGUUAGUGGUUGCAGCUGUAUCGUUGUUACUCAGUAUCGUAGAACUAUAUCAUUUGGCAUGGAAGCAGUGUAAGAAGAGUUUGCAAGGGUACAAGGCUUCCAAACAACAAAAUACGCCUUCCACCGUGGCUGCAGUUUCACCAAAUCCAUCUACGCCAAACCGGGCGUGCACUCCACCACCUGACUUCAACCAGUGCUUGGUGACAUCACCACCAUCUUCCCCUUCUAUACAUACACAUGCACACUCUCUCACACACCCAAGUUUCCCGCCCUUUCAUGACUGUCUGGCGCACCAGCAAAAUUCGGCGAACAUGGUCACCGAACGUCACCAUGGUCAGGACUUCCUAGGAGUGGAUUUCUUCAAGCUGAGCUUCUCACAAGGUGCAACAGAGAUGCUCAAAUCUUUUGCCUCUCCGUCAUUGCUAAGCAGUGAAUUUGUUGAGGACAAGCGAAGGUUUAGCAAGAGCAGUGGGAACAGUAGUCGCAUGAGACCAGAUGACCUUGCGGUAUAACAUUGACCAGUCACAUUUGGACAAAGGAUGUGUAGUGUGACUAGGCAUAAGCCUGGUACAAAUAAUGUUGCACUCAUCAGACUGAUCCAGAACAUCUGUUCACACAUUUGCACAAAUGGAUCAUGUGAGAAAUGCAGUUCACAAAAUGUUGUUCACCAUGAAAUCAAAAUUGAAUCUAUUAACUUUCUUAAUGCACGUUCAUGGUCUUAUUGUCAAUUUUUCAGUGCAUUUUAUUUUACAUGGAAGUAAAAUGGUUUGCAAACAGUAUUUCAUGUUGAUUUUAAUUUCACUUUAAGUCAACAAAUAUGUCAAAAUAUAAUGCACUGAUGAAAUGCUUACAACCAAUGAUGCAAUAUAUAUAUAAACUCAGUAUAUAUAAGAAACAUCCUCUCACUUUCAACUGCUUUUAUUUUCAGCAAACUUAACGUGUAAAUAUUUGUAUGAACAUAAAAAGAUUCAACAACUAAGACAUAAACUGAACAAGUUUCACAGACAUGUAAUAAUGUGUCCCUGAACAAAGGGGGGGUCAAAAUCAAAAGUAACAGUCAGUAUCUGGCAUGGCCCCAACUGCAUUAAGUACUGCAGUGCAUCUCCUCCUCAUGGACCGCACCAGAUUUGCCAGUUCUUGCUGUGAGAUGUUACCUCACUCUUCCACCAAGGUACUUGCAAGUACCCGGACAUUUAUGGGGGGAAUGGCCCUAGCCCUCACCCUCCGAUCCAACAGAUCCCAGACGUGCUCAAUGGGAUUGAGAUCCGGGCUCUUUGGUGGCCAUGGCAGAACACUGACAGUCCUGUCUUGCAGGAAAUCACGCAUAGAAUGAGCAGUAUGGCUAGUGGCAUUGUCAUGCUGGAGGGUCAUGUCAGGAUGAGCCUGCAGGAAGGGUACCACCUGAGGGAGGAGGAUGUCUUCCCAGUGUUGAGAUUGCCUGCAAUGACAUCAAGCUCAAUCCGAUGAUGCUGUGACACACUGCCCCAGACCAUGAUGGACCAUCCAAAUCGAUCCCACUCCAGAGUACAGGCCUCAGUGUAAUGCUCAUUUCUUCGAUGAUAAACACGAGUCCGACUAUCACCCCUGGUGAGACAAAACCACGACUUGUCAGUGAAGAGCACUUUUUGCCAGUCCUGUCUGGUCCAGUAAAGGUGGGUUUGUGCCCAUAGGCGACGUUGUUGCUGGUGAUGUCUGGUAAGGACCUGCCUUACAACAGGCCUACAAGCCCUCAGUCCAGCCUCUCUCAGCCUAUUGCGGACAGUCUGAUCACUGAUGGAGGGAUUGUGCAUUCCUGGUGUAACUCGGGCAGUUGUUGUUGCCAUCCUGUACCUGUCCCGCAGGUGUGAUAUUCAGAUGUACCGAUCCUGUGUAGGUGUUGUUACAAGUGUUCUACCACUGUGAGGAUGAUCAGCUGUCCUUCCUCUCUCCCUGUAGCGCUGUCUUAACCGUCUCACAGUAUGGACAUUGCAGUUUAUUGCCCUGGCCACAUCUGCAGUCCUCAUGCCUCCAUGCAGCAUGCGUAAGGCACGUUCACGCAGAUGAGCAGGGACCCUGGGCAUCUUUCUUUUGGUGUUUUUAAGAGUCAGAAGAAAGGUCUUUUUAGUGUCCUAAGUUUUUAUAACUGUGACCUUAAUUGCCUACUGUCUGUAAGCUGUUAGUGUCUUAAUGACCGUUCCACAGGUGCAUGUUCAUUAAUUGUUUAUGGUUCAUUGAACAAGCAUGGAAAACAUUGUUUAAACCCUUUACAAUAAAGAUCUUUAAAGUUA